AUAGCCUGUCUUCUGCAAAUGGAGCUGGUGAACUAUGAGCGAGUGAAAGAAUACUGUUUGAAAGUGCUUUACAAGGAAGGGAAGAACUUCAAGGCUCUCUACCGAUCUGGAGUGGCCUACUACCACCUGGGAGACUUCCAGAAGGCCCUGUACUACCUGAAGGAGUCCAACAAACAGGAGCCAUCAGACACCAAUGCCAUCCGCUACAUCCAGCUGACCGAGAUGAAGAUCCGCCGGAGCGCCCAAAGGGAAAAGAAAGAGGCGACAUAAGCACUCGCUGUCUGAUGGCUUCUCAGCCAUCAUGAAUUCUAAGCCCGACUGUGUGCCACCCAGACCUCACACACCAACAGUCAGAGGUCUGGGUGUGAAACGGUGUUAUGUUUGCUUUUGCUUUGCACAGCAUCCGAUUACCAGUUUUGUGAUUGAACUUCACCAAUGUGUGCUUGAAGCAUUUAAAAAAAAAAAAUCGUACCAGAUAUUGAGUUUUUGUCUGCAUACCGCCAAAGUACGACGGCCGAGAGAGCUCAACGCACUGCAAAUUAAGAAAACACAUGCUAAUAGAAAAACAACACAUGCAAAUACAGAAAACAACUUCAUCAAAAAGCCACAACACAUGCAAAUACAAUGUUUUCUUAAUCUGCAGUGUGCUGAGCUCUCUCGGCCACCGUACCAAACUGAUAGAGAAUGACUUCAUCCAGAUUAUGUUUUAACCAUCACAAACUGAUGCACUGCCAGUCCAAACAUUGCACAUACAGGCCAACACUUGUGAUAGAGCCAGGAGCAACUCGGCCUAGAGGGGGAAUCCAGCAUGUCUGCCGGCGAGUGUAACUGCAAAUCAGCACCUGCCCGCGCAAGAUGUCUUUUCGAAUGGCACAGAGUUAGUGAGCAACAACCACUUCCACCUCUGUCACCGUACUUUGAUUUUGAAAAUAUUAUAAAGAUCAAGAUUUCUUUUGAUACUUAAAAUAUAUCUUAACAAAUGGUGCUUUCACAAAGUAGGUUUUUAACAAAAAUGCAUUGGUGUAGACAUCAGGAGCACACGGUUGCUAAUUGCAGUAUGAACUUUAAGAGACAUAUCACAAAAUGUAAAUAGUCUACUUGAUAGAAAUCACAAGAAAAUACUAUGGAGAGGCCAGCUAGUUGUGUUUAUUGACGCCAAAACGAAGCACUUCAUUCACUGCAUUUACUGUACCAACAAAUACUGUAUGUUUACU